UGCAUUCCAAAGGGCAGAUUUGUGCAGUUACUGAUCAAGUGAGGAGCAGCCCCAGAACCAGCUGAGAUUAAAGGGACCAGAGAAGGUCAUCAAGACUGGGAGAGCCGACCACCAAAGACCCUGGGUCCCCCGAGAUGAGAUUAAGGGAGUGCAAGCCCUGCUCACCCCGCAGUCUUGUCAGGGACCCCACCUUGGACCCACAGUUGUAAAAACUCUGAUUAAAUUCCCUGGGGUUGAACACAUCACUCUUUCGAGGCAGAAGUCUGGUGUGUCGCCCUUUGCCUGGUAAAUAAGAAAGCUGUCCUCUUCUACUCCCCCCACGAUUGUCUUGGGGGUUGUUUCGGCAUCGGUGUACAGAGAGUCUCAGUCUUUGGUAACCGAGGGCAGUCCAGUGUGGAAACAGAGACCAGGAAACUGGCCACAGGCUACAGAGACCCGGGAGGACUUCCCCGUGUGACGGUUUACCUGUGUGUCCAUGGAGCUCCUCCUCAUCGGGCGGGGCACCCCCACACCCUUUACUUCUGGGUGUGUGACUGCCUUGCUUCCGUCUUAACUGAACAAACUGCGUGCCCGCCUGCUUGUUGGGCUGAGUGUCUAUAGUACACAUUUUACCUGUUGUUUUUACAGCUUUUGUCUUCUUGAGAAAUGCAUUUUUAAAUGAGGGCAAAGGCUGGGGGAACCUUGUUUUGAGCCUCUAGCCCCUGGAGGACGAGCGGCUGCGGCUAGAUUUCCUGCCAUUCAUCCAGGCCCUUCCGGGUCCAAUUCCUGGGCAGAGAACGAGGCUCUGGCUUCAAACCACUGCUCACGGCUGACACUCUCUCCGAGAUCAUUGGUGCUGAAACCCAGGAUUUCAAGAAUUGUGACACUGAGAGAACAUGUCCUGCUAGAAGAACAAGAGUUUCCCUGUGUCUAAGACCAGUGCUCUCAACAGAUUGUAGCCUCCUCAACUAUGUCUAGGAUGGUGCAUCAGUGUGUUCUUCAGUUUGGUCAGAAGCUGGCCCACAGGCGAGGGGCAGACACCAUAAAGGAGUCUGAUGGUCUCAAGAUUCAUCUGAGUGCCAUAGAACUGGUGUUCUUGGGUGUGGGCAGAAACCUGGGAGCCGGCCUGUACAUCGUGGUUGGUGCAGUGGCCAAGUACGUAGCUGGACCAGCGAUUGUCGUCUGCUUCUUGGUGGCCGGCCUGUCUUCUCUGCUGUCGAGGCUCUGCUAUGUGGAAUUUGACGCCCGGGUACCACGCUCCUCUUCUGCGUAUGUCUGCAGCUACGUCACGAUGGGGCAGCUCUGGGCCUUCGUCGUUGGCUGGAACAUCAUACUGUUAUUUUUAACUGCCACUGCGUGUACAGCCAGGGCCUGGAGGUACGCCUUUGACAGCCUCAUUGGGGACCUCAUCUCUCAGGCAUUGGCGGGAACUUUCCCUCUGCAUGUGCCCUACUUGCUGGCCACGUAUGCAGACUUUUUCGCACUGGGCCUGGUGCUGCUGCUUGCGGUACUACUCGCUCUAGGAGUUCCUGAGUCAGCCCAGGUUUACAGAGUGUUCACGGGCAUCAACAUUUUGGUUCUCAGCUUCACCAUCAUCUCUGGCUUCAUUAAGGGAGACCUGCACAACUGGAAGCUCACCAAUCAGGACUACACAUUGACCACAGCUGUUUUCACGUAUAGCUUGGGCCCUCCAGGUGCUGGAGGAUUUGUGCCUUUUGACUUUGAGGGGGUUGUCCAAGGAGCAGCUACGUGUUUCUAUGCAUUUGUUGGUUUUGCUGCCAUUACCACUACAGAAAGAGGAGACCUAAAGCCUCAGCGCUCCAUCUCCCUGAUCUCACUCCUCAUGUGCCUUUUGGUGUAUUUCACUGUCUCAGCGGCACUCACCCUCAUGGUGCCCUACUACCAGAUUCAUCACUACAGCCCCUUGCCUGAGGCUUUUCUCCACGUUGGCUGGGGCCCUGCCAGAUAUGUCGUGGCUGUUGGUGUCCUCUGUGCUCUUACAUCCAGCCUCCUGGGUGACAUGUUCCCCAUGUCUCGGUUAAUCUGUGCAAUGGCAGAGGAUGGGCUCCUUUUCCGGGGACUUGCCAAGGUCUGUGGUCACAAAGAAAUCCCUGUCAUGGCCAUCAUGUCUUCUGGAAGCCUUGCAGGGAUCAUGGCAUUACUCUUUGAGUUCAGCGACAUUGCAAACCUCAUGGCAGUUGCGUCCCUGCUCGCUUACUCCAUGGUAUCUUUCUCGGUCCUUGUUCUCAGGUACCAGCCAGACCAGAAUUUAAGUAAGAAUGAGAAAAUGGAAGAAGAAACUGAGAUGGAGCCUGUAGCUGAAGGAAGUCUUUCGGAAUCUGAACCUGAAGCAGGAAUCUCAAACAUUCUAAAGAGUCUGUGGUUCCCUACCAGCACCAUCCCCACAUGGAAAUCUGGCCAGAUUGUCUCUGGAUGUGCCUUCCUGCUUGUUCUCCUGCUGACCAUCCUGAGCCAGAUCCUGGCCCAGUGGCCCAGCCAGGUGUUCUCUGGAGACCCCGUGCUCACAACAGUGGCUGUGCUGCUGCUGCUCAUCACUGGGGUCACGGUCAUCAUCUGGAGGCAGCCCCAGAGCCCCAGUCCUCUUACGUUCAGGGUCCCUGCUCUGCCUGUCCUCCCACUGGUGAGCAUCUUUCUGAACGUUUACCUGAUGAUGCAGAUGACCUCUUGGACCUGGGCCCUCUUUGGGGUCUGGAAUGUGAUUGGAUUUGCCAUAUACUUUGGAUAUGGGAUCCGACAGUUGAAGAAGAACACAGCCACAGCCACAGCCACCGACCUCCAUCUCCCAGACUCCAGACUAAAACACCCCUAAUGAUGAAGCAUCUUAGCCACAGGAAAUAGAUGCUGUGUGGAACCCCUCCAUACACUGGAGGUAUCUGCUGGUUCAAGGUGCACUUUGAGCCUCUAUGGACCGUGAAAAUGGAAAGCAUUUAGUGCCCUAUAUUUAUUGCCAGUGGAUGCAAUGACUUUGCUAUUGUAUAAUUUUUAAGUAAACGUUUUAAGCUUAAUAUGCAUACAGAAAAUUGCAUGAUUCAUAGGUGUGUAGUUAAGAUUAAUCUUCACAAAGAAAGUACUAUGAUGUUACUGACAACUAGAGGAAGAAAUAAAAUAUUAGCCUACACAUAAGAAGCACCUUUUUGUACUUAUUUCCAAUAAGAACUAGAGAUUGCCCCAUGGGAAAGAAACUCAGGUAACUAUGUAUUAUGUCAAAAGUUAUACUUUAGGGGCUUCCCAGAUGGUCCAGUGGCUAAGACUCUUUGCAUGAAAUGUUCCCAUCUUUGCAUGAAAUGUUCCCUUGGUAGCUCUA